CAGUCUUUCCAGCAGUGGUAGAGAGCAGAGCAGCUUGGAGCCAGAAACUGCAGAAGCACAUCCUCAGUUGCUGCGAGCCCACCUAACAGCACAGCAGAGCGGACAGGCAGCACCGGCCAGCCUCCCGGUUCACAUCGCAUCACACCGCGUCCUAGAGGGGAAUGGGGGGCACCCAGCCCGCUAGCUAACUGACUAGAUUUCUCUAGAAGCGGUGAAGGCUCACGGCCGGCGCUCCAAAAAGAUGGUAUCCUGGAUGAUUUCGAGGAUAGUCGUCCUUGCCUUUGGGACGCUCUACCCAGCAUACUCGUCAUACAAGGCUGUUAAAACGAAGAACGUUAAGGAAUAUGUGAAGUGGAUGAUGUACUGGAUAGUGUUUGCGUUGUUCUCUACAGCAGAGACAGCCACAGACCUGCUCCUAUCAUGGUUUCCAUUUUACUUUGAGCUGAAGAUUGCCUUUGUGAUCUGGCUCCUGUCCCCGUACACCAAGGGCUCCAGUGUCCUCUACCGCAAGUUUGUCCACCCAACGCUGUCCAACAAAGAGAAGGAGAUAGAUGAGUACAUUGCGCAGGCCAAAGACAGGAGUUAUGAGACCAUGAUGAAGUUUGGAAAGAGGGGUCUCAACCUGGCUGCUAAUGCUGCUGUCACCGCAGCCGCCAAGGGGCAGGGCGUGCUGUCGGACAAGCUGCGGAGUUUCAGCAUGCAGGACCUGACUCUCAUCAAUGCUGAGGAUGAGCUGGAUCUGCACACCUCAGACGCCCGCAUGAGACGGGAGCCCAAGGACGAUUUGAGCUCAGGGUCCAGCACGCUGCCCCGGGCCAAGAGCACCGCUGCACGGCAGACCCGCUCUCUAGCGGCCAUGUCCCUUGCUGACGACACAUCAUCCCAACACAGCUCUGACCAAUCAGACACAAGGACUGAACACUCUGAUGAAGAUGUAGGAGACAAAGCCCCCAAACGCACUACCAGCGUCAAGGCAACCAAGAAACCUGCUGCUGCUGCUGCUGCUGCUGCUAAGACAGAGACUCAAACCAAGACGGUGAAGAAGCCGACCAAGAAAAAGGCCACGACUAACAAUGCAGAGACGCCACCAUGAGGCCUGCUGUCCACAUCCACCUGCCUAUACUCUCUCGACCCACAGCCUGCGUGCCCUUCGUCCUCUGUUUAGUCUCCACACAAACACACAUACACUGUGUAUAUUAAGCACUGAAAUUGUGUCACUCCUGCUGGUUUUUAGAGAAAAGUGUAGGUUUUGGUUUUUAGCAGUAUGUGGGCACCCUUAGGUAGGGAACAGUUCUUUUACACAGACUGAGUUGUUGCAUAUUUUGCCUCACUCUUUACUUACUGUGAGCUAAUCACAGAUUUAACAUAUGGGUUAUUUUUUGUCUGACAAUGGUCAGUGAUACAUCCAUAAAUGCUCCUUUUUCCUUUAACCCCUAGACAUAUAGGUCCCUAUUGUAGGUGAGAACGUAACCUGGCUAUGUUGCAGUUUCACCAGUCCCUUCAUUCACGUCCUGUUGCCGCCAUUGUGACAUUCUCAAUGGAGGCUGUUUUUGGUUAAAGUAUCGCCGGUAAAAUAUCACAUUCUUCACUCCUAGUUCUCUAGAUAAGGAUCCCUUAUGUGUCCUCUGAACUACUCCUGCAUGGUUCCAAUUGAAAGUAAAAAUCACACCCUCUCUGUGUGUACAGGCUACAAUUCUGGGUCCUCAUCUGGACCUUACCCCAAUGGUAGAAAUCCAGAGAGCCACAGUUGGCUUUAAGUUUAUUGUGCCUGAGGUUUUUUUCUUUUUACUGAGGAAUAAGAAGGUAGUUCAAAUUAACUUUAAAGCAUUGGUUGAUAGUUGUAGACCAUAUUACUGUUUCAGACCUAAUAAUUCCCACUUUUGACUACAGCUCAGCUCUUAAUACCACCACUAUGCCCUAGCUCACGCAACUGUCUAGUUUUACAGGAUGACCUGUCAUCAAACCGGUUUUGGUUCUCUAUUUUACCUUAGUUUGAACCUCUUUGACUGCAUCUUAGGCCUCACAGCUUGUGGAAAAGUUUAGCUUCUCCUCAUUAGGUCUGUAUAGUGAGUCUGGCUCUGCUAAGUUCAGGUCUCACUUUCAGCAACUUACUUCCUCACGGCUUUUAAUGUGACUUUCACGUCAUGUACAGUACUGGUGAUGGAGUGGUUUGCUUAGUGUUGGCUGAGUUAUCCUUUACUAAGACUUCACUCUCCUAUUUAUUACCCUUCUGUUUUAUCCACUUCUUUUGGUCAUAUGAUAUUAGUAAUAGGUAUGAUCAGUUGUGCAAAGCCAGGCCUCUUAAGGUAAUGCUGCAGCUCCACAAAACAUAAAUACAGUAGUCAUUAAAGAGUUUCUGGUGUUUUGUGAGGCAACAUAUCUGCUUUCACCACAGUAGUGAGGUCUGUAUAUUGUUUGUGUUUAACAUUUGAAAGUCAUGGAGUAGCUCUGCACUUUCUCACUCCUUUUACCCAGCUGUGUGGUGACACUCUGCCUUUUUGUAAUGUUUAUCUCAGAAGCCAGGAUAAAGCAUAGCAAUAUGGAACAAAAUUAAACCAACAUCAGGAGACUGUGAGGAAGUAUUUUCUCAAUCCCGUGAUGUUGUUCUAGAUGUGGAGGAAGUGUCAGUCCAGACUCCGGGUGUUUCUAAACACAUUGGACUUUUGUUCUGGGAUGGGCUCGUCUGGUUGCCAGCCACUGCAUUGGGCGUGGUUUCUUCCUAGUGCUCUAAUGAGAGAUUUAAAAGCAUGAGACUACAUCAACCCUCAUUACUGUUGUCUGCAGUGUGACACUAUUUUGAACCAGUAGGUGGAGACAAACCCCACCUCAACUGUUGGCCGAGUUAUUAAAUAAUAUUUAAACAGAAUGUAAAUAGUAACCUUGACUGUAAAUACAGUAUGAGCUUGCUUGCCUUAUACAUUCUGUGGGCUUGAAUCCAUUGACAUUUUUACUCAUUUGUGUGCUUUUUUAAAUUCUUAGUUCUGACAAAUCCUCUAUGUUCUGAAACUGGAAGAAGCUCAGACUCCACCAGUGUGGAAUUCUAGUGUUAGAAGUGAUUUUUGUAUUUUACAGACUUUAACUUUUUUUUUCUGUCCUUAGUCGUUCAUUUUAACUUUAUCACAAAGUAAGGAAUCUUCUGACUGAGUAUAUUUGUUGUUUGUACAUUCACAUCCUGCUGUGUACUCUACUCAGACUGGUGAAAAAAUAUAUUAGGGCCAAAAGUUGAAAAUAGACUUUUCUGUCUUUAAAUUUAAGAAGACAGCACAUAAUAGAGAAAUUUUGUCUUUUACAACCCUGCUAUUCUUGUGUUUAUGCCAUUUUUCUAUAUUUAUUGUUCGUUAAAAUCCAUAUUGUGUACAGGGAUUUUCAUUUGUUUGUGCCAAUUCUGAAAGCUCCAUGUCAAAAAGCGUUACAAUGUGUGUACUGGGACAGUAGUAUCUAAAAAGGUCAUAUAUCAGUAAUAAAACUACCAAUAAAGUGUUUAUUAGUG